UUGUUGUUUGGUCAUGUGUUCGUAGAUGUCGGUAGGUCGCUAGUCGGCAAAUGGUCGAUACAGCUUGUAAAGAGUAUCUUCUUGCUCUUUUAUACGUGCAAACCGCCAUCACUGUCCUCUACAGACCAAAGACAAGCGCUUACCCUGUGGGGGCGGCACGGCUCAGGAAGUAGAGCAGUUCGUCUCGUCAUCGGAAGGCCGCUGGUUUGAUCCACGGCUCCUGCGGAGAGCGUGUCAUAGUGUCCUUGAACAAUGAGCAGGUUGGCGCCUUGCAUGGCAGCCUCCACCGUCAGUGUAUGGAUGUGUGUGUGUGUGUGAAAGGGUGAAUGUGAGGCGUGCACUAUAAAGCACUUGGGAGUGGUCGGUAGACUACAAAAGCAUGAUAUAAAUGCAGUCCAUUUACCAUUUAACUAACUAUUUAAGACCAGUAAAUACAAACAAAUGGCAGAGACAAAACUACAGGUCAGCUGGGAAAGCUACUUUUGGUGGGAAACUGUUCAUGAAUCUACAAGAACUACUCACAUUCCACUAAUAUGGAACUGUUCUCUAAAAGGUGUUCAUUUGCAAUUAUUCUCUCUCUCUCUCUCUCUCUCUCUCUCUCUCUCUCUCUCUCUCUCUCUCUCUCUCGUGCAAUAGACAAACACAGAGUUAUCAUGGAAGACCGGUCAGGGACCCAUCCUUACCCCGACGGCCAUCAACAUCAACAUCACCAUCACCACCAACACCACCCAUCUCACCACCACAGCCUGCCCGCUCUCCAAAGCCCCGAACUGGGAUACACAUCCACCCCACCUCCCCUGAACAUCCUGGAACAGUAUGGAAGUAGAGCGGAAAGAGUCUCAACUCAUUUCCAGACUUACAGUGUCUCUUCAGAGAAGGUCAUGGAGAGCAACGGGGCCGAGAGAGGAUAUGCCAACAUAAGUGCGAACUGCUUGGACGUGGACGCCAGCUUUAGCAGCCAUCUCAACGGAGAGGGUCAUCCAGACGGCCAUUUUGCUGCCAUGUGGUACGACGGUAGCACGAAGGAUGAUGUUUGGGAUGAGGGGGAGAGUUGUGAAAGUGCAGUGGAUGAUUUUUAUCGAAAAGACAGUUGCAGUGAUGUGGGCGUCUCAUUUCACACCAGGAGGUGUAGCGGUGAGAAAGGAGCAGAUGGCGUUGACAGUUUUGAUACAGUUGGCAGCUAUGCUAGGGACAAAGCUGGAAAAAAUUACGGUAAAUACAUUAACAUCGGCUAUGAAGGGAGAGGUGAGAUGGUCUACGUGAAUGAAGCGAAUGCCGGCCACUAUGCAAAAGCUAAUGCACUUUGCAAUAGAGGUAACGGCUUCGAUGUGUGUAGAUCUGGUAGUCAUUCAAAAAUGAACGACGGUUACGUGGGAGCAGAAAAAGACUUCAGUGAGGAUCAAGCUCUCCAGGAUCAAACUCCCGCAGAACUGAAGCUGUGGGUGGACGCUUCAUCCAUGAGUCGGUGUUCAGAGCACAGCCCGGGCCGGUGGAGAGGCCACGGGGACCGCCAGACGCUGGCCUCAGUGUACCAACCACGGAGACCGUCCACAGGCGUCGACGCCAGCACGCACACUCAGAGGCUGGACUCGUUUUCCAAGGCCUUUUUCCCCCGUUGCAAAGCGGCGUUUCCCAUGAUUCACGCCAGCGAUUCCAUCGGACACACGUGGAAGUUUGGGGCGGGGAAAGGAGAGGGCUCCGGCACGGUCAAAUCGAACCACGCCGGUGGUUUUGAGUCGCCGUCAAACGCCUACCUGUCUCCCUCCUCCUCCACCCCUCCCCACAUCUCUCUCCCCUCUCUCCCCUCUCCUCCCCCCCCAUCUCACCUCAUGCCUUCGAUGCUGAGCCCCCCACCCACACCGUUGCCCCCUCCCUCGCUCUCGCCCUCCAAAAUGGACUCCUCCUCCGGUGUAUUUGGUGGGCAUUCGGGCCCCAAGGGGGGAGAGUCGCUUGGCACGCUCCAGUUUUUCACUCCGUGUCUCUCCGUUCUGCCCCCCAUCCCCCCCUCCACGAUGAUAUGGAAGUUUCCGACGCUGUCUGAUUGUUUUCCUCAGCAGUCAGGUGACUGCAGGAGUACAGCUGACGGCACCCUGAGAGCUUCCCAUUGUAGUGACAUUGACAACAACACAGUCCAUCACACCGUCCUCCAGACUCCAGAUGAAGCGCAGCUCAUGUCCUCUCCUGACCAUUCAUCCCUCCAUCCAUCCAGAGUCCCCUGUACCUCUACCAGUCCCUCCCUCCAUCCUCAUCCCACCCCGUCCCACCUCUCCAGUCUCCAUUACAAGGAAGGGGAAAGGCUGGCAUCUAAUAUGAUGCCACACAACGGACCCGUCAGCCAGUCCCAUGCAGCGAGCGGAUCCCCUACCGUCAUUUGUGGAACUUCAUUUCCCAGCAUCCUUCACUCCACCAGGCACCAGACCAGAGGUCACUACAGGCCGCGGCCCAUCCUCAACCCCCUCCGCAGGGGAACAGGCCUCUACUCCUCCCUCUCCUCCUUCAGUCCGGGGGAGCGAGGGAUGACGAGAGGAGAGGAGCUAAACGAAGAGUAUCGUGUGUCACCGUGCAUCAACCUAGGUCCAGACUACCAGGCGGGGCUUCCACCCUGCUUCUCAGAUUGGGAAAAAUCCGGGGUGAGGUUACAGGAGGAGGAGUCUCCCAGGGAACAGUUGCUAUGGAAACCGUGGCCACAGUUAAAGGAGAGUGCCAGUUUGCAGGGCCGAGUGGAGAGGCUGUUGUCAAUGUGUAGUUCUAGUUGUCUACCAGGAGGGGGCAGCAACACAGAGCUAGCCUUACACUGUCUGCACUACUGUCAGGGAGACGCGAUGGUUGCACUGGAGAUGCUUCUGUUCACACAGCCCUCACCGACAGGAGACUACCACUACUCCGGAAGUGACCAAUGGACAGACAUUGAGAGGGGUCUCUUCAGCUCGGGCCUGGUGACUUUUGGCAAAGACUUCUCACUCAUACAGAAAACGGUGAAGUCUAAGAGUGUGCGUCAGUGUGUUGAAUUCUACUACCUGAGUAAGAAGCUCCAAGACAAGCAGAAGAAACAGAGGCAGGAGGACGACAGAGACGGAGAAAUGGCGCAGCGGACAAGCGCAAGUGUGCCGCCAGUUACUGAACCUAUCAACACACAGUUUCAACUGGAUGGGGUGGUUCCUGUGCCGUCAUUGGCCAGCGUCUUCCCCUGCAAGCUGUGUGGCAAGAUGUUCUAUAAGAUCAAGUCUCGUAACGCUCAUAUGAAGAUCCACCGCCAGCCUCAGGAGGACUGGGCCGACAGGCAGCUCCAGCACCAGAUGCUCACCCAGCGCUUGGCCCUCAGCCUGCCCCAUAACCUCGCUCCCAGUCUGGGAACCAGUCUACUACAACCCCAGGCUUCAACGCCGGCCUUUUCCUCACCCGCCCUCACUCAAGUCAACAACAGUCACACGGGAAAUGUCCUGAACUCCUUUGCUGUUACCAGUAGCAACACGGCGCCCCGUCGCACCACCAGCAUUCCCAGUCACAGUGCUGUGGUAACCAAUAGCAAUGUCCAUAACCCAAACCCUCAUGCAGCAGCCAGUACUGAUGCUGGAACCCCAGGGACAAGUCAAAGGGGAUCUCCCCCCGUCGUGCCGUUCCACCCGUCGUGGAGCUCCUUUGGACUUGAUUCUGACCACAUGACAUUUUACUGUGACCAGGAGGGGAAAGAGGCUCUAGGAGUUGCAACAGGGGGUAAAGGACCAUUUCAUUGGCAGUAAAAAUUAACUCCCCAGACAAUUUCAGCACCCAUGGGUUAUAUUUGUCGCCCCGUGGCCGAGACUCCAGAAACUAUCGGAGCAUUUUUAACAGAAUUUGAUGCCAAGUGUUGUUUUUUUUUUAACGUGCAUUUGUGUAGCAUAUUGUGUUCCAUUAAUAUAUAAAUGUUUCUCAUGCAUUUAAAAUUACAUUUUAUACCCUCAGAGUCAUCUAGAAAGUACUUGAAUUUAGCUGUUCUUUCUUACUGUCAGAACAGAAGGACAAAAUGUUGUGUUGUUCAUAAAGUGUCCCAGUGAGCAACCAAUCGGGUUAAAUUCUGGUCUGUGGACAUCUAUUUGGCAAAUAAA